AUGUUUCGAGAAGCCAUCAGGUGCAUCAGUCAGACAGUCAGACAGCCCCACGCCCCCACGCCCCACGGGAGCAUUAUCGCGCGAUCGGGCAGGAGCAGGCGUAUCGAGAGGGGGAGCGAGACACGAGAAAGUGGGAACGUGAAGGUUUACUACAACACUCGCGCACAUCAGCAGGAACACAAUGGAAGACCAAACUCGACAACAGCAGCCACCGCCUCAACAACAUCAGCAGCAGCAACAGCAGCCGCCACAGAACGUGCACCGCACCCUGUCAGUGUCGAGCAGGGCCGCCGUGAACACGGUCGGUCAGCUGAGAGAACGUUUCGAGCAGCUCGAGGAAGCGCUCCGAAAGACGACAGAGGUCGUGUCCUCGCAAAGCUCGACCAUACAGGAGCUCCUGGAAGCCAAACUGGAGCUGGCGCAGAUUGUCGGGAGCCUAGAGAAGUUUCAGUUCAACGAGGUGGACGCGGUGGCAACACACGGGCUCACCACCGGAAAGGACGAGGUGCGUCAACAGCGGAAGGAUCUCACGCGGGCGGUAACGGCCCUCGCGGAGGAGGCCACGGGCAGACACAGAGAGGCGGCGGAAUUAAUCACGGCGAUGUCGCCCAGUAGCAGCAACAGUAACAGCAACAGCAACAGCGGCGGCGGCAGGUAGCACCACGAAACGACGGGACGGGUACAAGAUGAUGUGCAGACUUGUACCUGAUGCAUCCAUGCAGCACGCCAACCGCGGCGGCGGGUGGAACUCCCUCGGGUCGUGAACGAAGCGAAGCCUUGAACCGUGCCUGGCGGAUUUGUAUCGCCGGGUUUCUGUUCCAGGCUCGAGAGAGAGAGAGCUAACGAAAGGAUCGAGAGCUGGUUAUUUGAGCGGCUUUUUUUUGUUCUGUCUCAACCGGCAUUCUUGCGUUCGUUCCGGGAGUAGGACGUGCUAUGAUGCUCCUGUUUAGUUCUUGCCGCCACGUGAGUGAUUGCUGGGUGUGGUGGUGGUGCAGUGAGCGGCCUCGGUACCGCCCGCCCCCACCUUGCCAUGUGCCACCUCGGUCCCUUGCUUGCGAAACGAGAAUCCUUCUACUGGUUGGUUGUGGCACGCAUGUGUCAUGCAGAUGUAUGUGUUCAUCUUGGAACACGAAGAGGGCAAGGACGCCGCGAGAUGUGUAUCUGUAUUUUUCCCAGCUGUGUUGCCGCGUGUGGUAGUGGUGGUGGUGGUGGACGCGCUUUUUGUGCAUCAGGUCACUUAAGAUAAGCGAAGCGACCACUCUUUCAUUUUCGCUAGCCAUCAACUCGUUUUUUCUUGGUGUGUGGAGCUUUCUUGUUGACACUAGCAUUCGUCGCCUUAGCGGGAAAAAUGCUACCGUGCCGAUCGUGUGCCUCUGUCGCGAAGCGGUGUACGUGCCCCGGGAGUGUGUAACCAUUCUCGCGACGGACCACGCGCGCCAUAAAUCGGGCAUCCGCUGCGUUGCACGCAAUAAGUAUGUACAGGACCGCCCCGCCACUUUAUGAGUUGGCAGCAUGAAUCCAAGCAGUUUUUGUAUUUUCUGCCUUCAGUUUCGGUCGAACGAGGACCUUGUGGCCCAAUGUAGAGUGAAUGCAGAGGUUUAGAAUGGUAAAUCGCUGUAUUUCUUUGGAGAUCCGUGCCCUGAAAAAAAUGAAGUUGACUAUUAUGUACAUGCUGGGGUUUGUACGUGUCUGGAUCUAAGCAUGCGAACCUCCAGGGUGGGCUAC